GUAGAAUUGAUUUUGAUGUAAAGUCUGGUGGCACAAGUUCAAAGAUAUUACAUGAAGGAAAUACCGCACGUGAUGAUACAAAUGUUGAUGAGCAGAGAUUAAGGAGUGUAAUAAGUGUUCGGAACUAUAAGAUUGAGCACGAUACACUCGAGGAUGAUUGUGAUAUUAACGAUGUAUCAGUUUUACCUACAGGAGAUAUUUUAUUAGCUGACAGGAACAACAGUAAUCCACCCUGCACUCUUGAUGUAGAGUACUACUACUCUUGGGAUUAUGCCCAACAAGUGCACUACCCCCGUCACUCUCAACAAGUUGGUCCAAUAUAUUUUAGGACACCAAGAAAAUGCCAUGUGUUUGGUAAUCAGAGAUUUUACCUUAUUGAUGAAAGUCAGUGUACUGAGAAAGGAGCUGAGAGUGUUGUGUCAAUGGCACACUACUACUUAAAAUAUUAUGGCAUAGGAGAAAAACAUGCUCAGUGUCCAACUCAGCAUGCUUGUCGCGGGGCAUGGCACUUUGGUAUCUGGAAAGUGAAAUGGCGUGACUCAGACACUGAAACAAUGCAACAGGUUGCCAGUACUGUCCUGAACUCAUCAAGACAUGGACACAAUAUUCCACAACUUAUUGAUGAUCUGGAAAAACCUGUUGCUUACUUCAAGUGGAAGUCAUUUCUUGAGAGUUAUGCUGCUUCGUUCAUGAGUGCGACAGGUAUGGUGGCGUGUACGUUCCUUUCGCUUAUGUUUGCGUCAGCUAAGAUGCUUACAGAAGUGGUCAACAGUCGGAUGGACUACAACAGUUUAUUGACUGGCACAUCUUUUGACCUCAGCACGAUAUCAUUAGUAACGAAUAUUUGGGUAUUCAUUCUGCUGUUACUUGAUAAGAAACAUCAAAAGAUGCCUCACCAGUUUCUACUGUGUCUUGUUCCAUCACAAGUUCUUGUUUGCAUUGGCAUGAUUAUGUUCAAAUACAGCACGGAAGUCACGUGGAUGCAGUAUGCACAGUUCGUGGUGUCAAUAUUCGGAGACUUUACAAGCAGAUGUUUCACGGUGGUACUAUCAUGCGUGAUAUACUUACUUCAUAGAAAGUCACUAGACUUUGUUGUUCGAGUCAGAAAAUGGUUGAUCAUAUCGGCUGUUGGAUUUCCUGUUAUAUGUAUAGGUUUUCUGAUGGCGUUAAAUUGGGACUGUAUAGACUACAAGCACGAGAAUGCGUUCCAUUAUGGCGCAACUAAGGCGGAUGCAUUAUCAGUGGUGGUCCUGGCAUUCUGUUCUAUUCUAAAUAUAACAUUUUUGGUGUUACAUCAACGAAUACUUCGUCGUUCAAGUCAUGUGAAAGAAGCCAAUGAUGUGUUAGAUGCGAUUUCCUUCACCACUGCGAAUGAAGAUGUAAAAUUUAAAACAAUGGCACAUAGCGGAAGUAGAACAAAUUUGAUAUUAACCGACUCUCUCAGGAACCACGAUUCUAGGACAUAUUCUAAUACAAAUAAUUCAAUAAAUUAUGGAAGCAACAACGAUGAUUAUACAGUUUACUGGGACGCUGAUGACAAAGCUGAUGCCGAUGAUGUAUUAGCUGAUAAAUCAGAGUAUGAUAAGAGCACCUUGCAAAGUUCAAGGAGGAACAUGUCUCCGGCUUGUCGGGGCGUGAAAAACAUACAAAGUGCUGGGGGUGAUAUUCAAAACGUUUCAGAGAUAUGUAAAGGAGGCUCUUCAAAAAACGACAAAACGAAAGGUCGUGUUAAUCAGACGCCACAUGGAAAAUUUCUCGUGUUACUGAUAUUUUCGCAAAUUUCAAUGUUUGUGAGUUUAUUCCUCUGCACAUGGAGAUUAUUCAAUGAUUCAAAAUCCGGGAUUUACAUUGAGACAGAGUUCCUGGGCAUCUUUCUUAACUAUGGACAGAACUUUGUUCUGUUUGCACUUUUCGGAUUCGACGUCCAGGUAAUAAUUCAACGAUUUAUAAAAAAGAAUAUUUUUCACUUUGAAUGGCGUAAACUGGUAUACAAUGUAGAAAAUGUUCAUAUUGGUCCAGCAGAUUUAACGGAGGAGGAAAAACAUCUUUGUGACCAGUUUGUCAAAUAUCAUCUGGACAGGUGUACGAAAGAUAUUGUUUCAAACAGAAAGCAUCGACUGAAGAAGUACGAACAAGUUUUCACUGGAAGAUCAUUUUGUGAUUGGCUGUUAGAGGCGGGUUUGUGUAAAUACAGACAAGAUGCGGUUUUAUAUGGACAGACAUUACUAAAGGGACAAAUUAUCAGUCACGUGACCAAAGAGCACAAUUUCCACGAUAUGCCGUAUUUUUAUAGGUUCGUGAAUGGUCGUAAUAUUGACUAA